GAAGAAGGCUGCGGGUCAGCUGACCGGAAGUGCAGUUUGCUGUGAAAUGGAUUUCUGUGUCAGUCUGACACUUUUAGAAAACACUGAAGCAACAACCAGAGAGACUCCAACACUGAGCAUCACAGGAUCUGGAUUACUGAGCUGAUCUCUACCAGCUGCAGCUCAAAGUCUCUGCAGACGAUGGCCUUCCAGGACUCAGCCGGUCUUUUCCUCUCUGCAGGGGAACAUCUCUCUAUUUAACACGCCUCACUCUUCUUCCCUCCUCCUCCUCUUCCUCCUCCUGUCUUCACCGUCUGAGUGUCCUGCAUCCUGUCUGUGAACAUGGACCCCACAGAGUCCAUGCAGCCCAGUCUGAACUCAGCCUACAUCCCGUCUGUCAUCGGGAACCACCACCACGCGUCCGAGGAUGAGGACAGCGAGGACACGAGUCCGUCCGCGUCCCUCCUCCCCAAACACUCGUCCGUGCCUCUGGCAGUCCGCUACAGUCCAGAGGACUCGUACUGUCUGGUCUACAUCAUCUUCUUCCUGAUGGGGAUCGGCUCGCUGCUGCCCUGGAACUUCUUCAUCACCGCCAAACACUACUGGCUCUACAAACUGAGCAACAACACUAAAGAGAGCAGCGACCAGGAGCAGCGUUCAGACCUCAGCGAUUACUUUGAAAGCUAUCUCACCAUCGCCUCCACGGUGCCCUCAGUGCUCUGUCUGAUACUCAACUACUUUUUAGUCAACAGGCUGUCCUCCCAUGUGCGGAUCCUGUCGUCCCUCUUUGUGAUCCUGGCGGUCUUCGUCCUGACCACGGUCCUGGUGAAGGUGGACGUGUCGGGCUGCAGGAUGGACUUCUUCUUCGGGACCCUGGCGAGCGUGGCCGUCGUCAGCGGCGCCUCCAACCUGUUCUCCGGCAGCGUGUUCGGGAUCAGCGGACACUUCCCCAUGAGGAUUUCCCAGGCUCUCAUUUCAGGCCAGGCCAUGGGGGGCACACUGAGUGCUGUGGCAUCCAUAGUGGACCUGGCGGUGGCGAAGGAUGUGACGGACAGCGCUCUGGCUUACUUCCUGACAGCUGACUUCUUCAUCCUGCUCUGCAUCGCCACAUAUCUGCUGCUGCCCAGGCUGGCAUACUCCAGAUACUACAUGCUCGCAGCAUCAAGUCCAGCACUGAUAUCUGAAGGAGGAGCAGCAGACGGUGCAGCGAGCAGACUCUCCGUCCCCCCUCUGAAGCCCAUCCUGAGGAAGACCUGGGUCCUCGGCCUGUGCGUCUUCUACGUCUUCUUCAUCUCCAUCAUGGUGUUCCCCGCCAUCUCCUCUGGGAUCCAGUCCGUCCACAAAGACAGCGGCAGCCCCUGGACCACGACUUACUUUGUGCCCCUCACCAGCUUCCUGCUGUACAACGUGGCAGACUUCUGCGGCAGGCAGGCCACGGCCUGGCUGCAGAUCCCCGGACCCACCAGCAGGGUCCUGCCGGUGCUGGUGCUCUGCCGCUCCAUCAUGGUGCCGCUCCUCGUGUUCUGUAACUAUCAGCCCAGAGACCACAUCCAGACCGUGCUCUUCACCCACGACGUCUACCCUGUGGUCUUCAACUGUCUGCUGGGCCUCACUAACGGCUACCUCGGGACUCUGCCCAUGAUCUACGGCCCCAAGGUGGUCCCCAGGGAGCUGGCAGAGGCCACAGGAGUGGUCAUGUCCUUCUUCCUCACUCUGGGCCUGGCUGUGGGGUCGGCGUUCUCGGUUCUCAUCGUGCACUGCAUCUGAUCAGACUAUCAGGCAGGGACCUCAUCAGAGACAGAGCUGAAGGAUUCAGCAGACUGUAGCUGAUGAAACCAGGACCAGGAGGAUCCUCUGCUCUGAGGGAACGUGCCUCUAAAGAGCGUCUCAUUCCCACUUUUACCAAAAAGCCUUAACUCCUCUUUAACUCACUUUAAUGCUGCAUUCAGGGGCUCCUGGGACGUUUGAGCUCUCAUGUUGGGAAGCUAUUCUGACUUUGGUGUGUUCAGCUUUAAGUUGUGAUGUGGAAACAACAUAAAUGGUACAAAGUUAACAUGUUUACUGACUCAGAGUGAAUCCAGGUUGUGUUUACAUCAAACGGUAACGAUGAUACACGUUACAGAAAGUUUCUCCAACUUUCCACGCCGUUGUUUCAGAGGUGCUCUGGAGAACUUCCACAUUCAGGAUCUCCUUUUCUAAUGAAUCUCAAACUAGACGUGCGGUCCAUGAGGGACUUCUUCUGUGUACUCAAGUUUUUACUACUUACAUUCAGACCAAAUACUAACGUGUGACAGAGAGGGAUUUAUUUUGUUUUCAGCUCAACUUUAAUAUCAAGUCCAAAGAGGAUCCACGUCCAGAGGGAAGCAGCUGAAACACCGUGGCUUAUUCUUUCUGAUCCGUGUUUCAUCUCAUGACUUUAUCAGACUUUAUAAACACUUCCAGUCAGAACUCUUUAAUCGGUUAUAAUCAUGAACUUCAGAAGUAGAGAAAUGAUGUAGAAGAUGUGUCGCAGGGUGCUUUUUGAAGAUAAUCUGCAGACUUCAUGUAGCUGAUGUUUUGUAAUGUAAUCAUUGCACAAUAAAAGUUCUUUAAAUGACA